CUUCUUUUUCAUUACCAAGCGCUUAACACCUAAGGUCGUCGUAUACCUUGUUCCUGUAUCUGACUGUUUGUGUACCUUUGUUUGAACAUUCCCCCAAAGACGCCAUCAUUGACUCGUGUUUUUGGGUCGUGAGUUUUUUCUCAAACCAGGAAAUUGGGCUGCAAUUUUGCAUAAAAAACAAAUAUACAGAUAAAGUUCUUAUUUUUAGUGCUACUGUUAAUAGAAGAAAGAACGAAAAAAAUAAAGGACAGUCCUUCACAUAGGAGCAACAAAAAACAAAACAAAACACACACAAAAAGCACAUUCAGAGAAUUUUUUUUGAUUACUUCAGCUCUGUUUGGGGACCUGCAAAGGUAGUCUACAAAUCACACCCAGUGAACGGGGAGUCGGCUUACUGAUCUGAGAGCGGCACCGUUUACCGGAGCUUUAGUCGGGGUGUUUAUACUUUCACCUCUACCGGAUGGGAGGAUGAUCUCCGGACCUCGGUGAAGCAGCUUGAGGAACGAGUCGACGUACAGGACGUGACCGAACCGAAGAGGGUCGGCAGUCCCCCCGGUCGGAGGACCAGUUUACAGGACAGAAGCUGAAAAAGCUCCGCAGGUCGGUUGGGAUGUCAUCAUGAUGCUGCCAAUCUCCAGGUUCAAAAGUCAGCCAGCUGGCAUGGUAACCACCACCACGCCCUGGCUGUCUGUCAGCAAUGACCCCACUCCUCAAUGGUUGUGGUUGGCCAGCUGGUCUGCUGCAACAUACCAGGCCACACCCCCUCUAGUCUUCUGCCCCCCAGCUGUGUGGAUACCUGAACACACACACCUGAUACAGUGGGAACGUCCAGCUGUUGAAGUUGUUCCUCUCCUCCCUCCUUUCUAUCGAUCCUCACCUCUUCAUCACCCUCAUCAUAUGCCCAAGCCACUUGAAGGCUGGAUCUCACCAGAGGAAGUGGGCGUGUUCCAGAGAAGAGACAAAAAUUUCCUCCUGACCAAUCAGAUCAUCCAGAGGCCAGGCAGACAUGCCCGAAGGUCCCGGCUCCGGCUGUCUCCAUCUCAAUACACAGGUCAUGUUAGAAGAGACACUACAGAAACCGAGAGAGAAGACUCCUCCUCCCCCCCCAUCCCUCACCCUAUGCUGAACCUCCUCUCUGUGUCUCCUCUCCGCCUGCCGGUCCUCACUGCUCCUCCUCCAACAGGUGGGGCUUAUGGUGAAUGGGUGGGGCUUCACAUACCAAGAGAGAAGGAGGCGUGGCCUCUUGUUCUGCCCAGUCAACGGCACAGAGGUUCGUGGCUACGACCAAUCAUCAGCCUGGAGAGAAGACUGUCUCCACCCAAACAGCAGUGUGUAUUUGGGCCUGUCUCUUCCUCUCAGCUUUGCAUUGACAGGUGUCCUGUCUUACCAGUCCAGUUGAUGAAAGAAGUUCAUCCCUCCGUCUUCCCCUUACGGCUUUCUUCCAGAUUCACUCUGCUGACUGACUACCGACACAAGAAGCAAGGGAUGGAUGGAGGUAAAGUUUCUUAUGGAGGAGCGUUACUGCUGAGGUCGAAGACAACGAUGGAUGACAAUGAACAGUGUGUUGGUGUUGACAGAAAAGACAAGGACGAGGAGGAAGAGAAAUGUAAGGGAGGAAGGAAAGACAAACGUCCUGUUGCCUCCACUCCUGUCCCGGGGUCGCCAUGGUGUGUGGUGUGGACCGGAGACGACCAGGUCUUCUUCUUCAAUCCCACAAUGCAUCUGUCUGUUUGGGAGAGACCAGGGGAACUGAGUGGCCGAGACAUCAGCCACAUCAUUGAAGACCCACCCCACAAGAGGAAGAAGACACAUGUUGACAGGAGCUCCAGCUGUCAGUCACGCUGUCUCCAUUGUAACGAUGAAGAUGAAGAUGAAGAUGACGAACAUAAACACAACUCCAAGAGGAACAGAAUAGAGGAGCCUAUGUCUCUCGUCCCUCGUCCAGGAGAAGUUCAGCUCCUCCCAUUGGAGUUGCGUAUCGCUCAUUUUAGAGAAAUGAUGCUGGAGCGAGGGGUGUCGGCGUUCUCCACCUGGGAGAAGGAGCUCCAUAAGAUGGUGUUUGACCCCCGAUACCUGCUGCUGACCUCAGAUCAGAGGAAACAGGUGUUUGAUCAGUUUGUGAAGAGCAGGGUGAAGGACGAGUACAAAGAGAAUAAGAGCAAAUUGCAGAAAGCCCGAGAAGAGUUCAGACAGCUUCUGGAGGAGGCGAAGAUCACUAACAGAUCAACUUUUAGGGAUUUCUGCACUCGUUUCCGUGGUGACCAGCGGUUCAACGCCCUCAACAGGAAGAAGGAACAGGAAGUCCUCUUUAACCAUUACAUCACCUUCUUAAAGAAACGAGACAAGGAGAACAGAGCCAGACUGAAGAAGAUGAGAUGAGAACAAUGCUGUUCUACAAACUGAACCUUACAGAACCAUCUAGAACCUCUGUAGAACUCAUACAGGACCUUCCGAAACCUUCUAAGACAACUGAGCAGAUCCUAUGUUGGCUCACAUUGAUGGAUCCUGGUUUCAGACUCUGCUGGUUCUGUUGGAGAGAUCAGACCAAAACCAGGGAGACCAGACUGGGACUAGCGAUCAAACUGAGUCUGAGUGGUUCUGACUUUCUGGAUGUUGUUUUAUAGAUUUCCCAUCAAAGGAGGAGGACCAACAGCAUCAGACUGAUUUCUGUUACGGACUGAACUCAUGUGGACCUACUGAACUGGUCCAGAACUGGAUAAAAUCUUACCAAGAUAUUAAAAGAACUCAGCCAAGUUAAACGGGAACAAACUGGAAUUCAAAAAGAAUCGGAGCACAAAAAAGAUAUGUCUGUCUGACUGUUCAUCUAUCUAUCUGUCUGUCUGUCUAACUGUUCCUCUGUCUGUUUGUCUGUCUGACUGUUGACCUUUUUGUCUGUCUGACUGU